GGCGCCUCUCAGCAGAGCUAAACAGGCCCAGGCAGUGGCUGGAUGAACCACCCGUGGAUGCCUGACUGGGCCGGUAGAGUUGCCACAUUCCCUGCUCUUGGCUGGCAGAGGAGGAGAUACUGAGCCAAGGCAGACAGGUGUGGGUUCUUCCUCCACUGGGAGGCCAGAGACCCCGAAGAUGGAUGAACAGGUGUUCAAAGGAGACCCAGACACCCCUCAUUCCAUCUCCUUCUCCGGGAGUGGGUUCCUUUCCUACUACCAGGCUGGGGCCGUGGACGCUCUGCGAGAUCUGGCCCCGAGGAUGCUGGACACAGCCCAUCGCUUUGCAGGGACGUCAGCGGGAGCGGUGAUUGCGGCCUUGGUCGUCUGCGGGAUUGAGAUGGAGAAGUACCUCAGAGUGCUGAAUAUGGGCCUGGCAGAGGUUAAGAAGUUCUUCCUGGGACCUCUGUCUCCGUCCUGCAAGAUGGUACAGAUGAUGCGACAGUUUUUGUACGAUGUGCUACCGGAGGACUCCUACAAGUUCGCCACCGGGAAGCUGCAUGUGAGCCUCACCCGCGUCACGGACGGAGAGAACGUCGUGGUUUCGGAGUACCGGUCCAAGGAAGAGCUCAUCGAGGCCCUGUACUGUAGCUGCUUUGUCCCUGUCUACUGUGGCUUGAUCCCACCGACGUAUCGGGGCGAGAGAUACAUCGAUGGGGGCUUCACAAGCAUGCAGCCCUGUGCCUUCUGGACAGACUCCAUCACCAUCUCCACCUUCAGCAGCCAGCAGGACAUCUGUCCGAGGGACUGCCCCGCCAUCUUCCACGACUUCCGAAUGUUCAACUUCUCCUUCCAGUUCUCUCUGGAGAAUAUCACGCGCAUGACACAUGCUCUGUUCCCCCCGGACCUGGUGAUCCUGCAGGAAUAUUACUAUCGGGGAUACAAUGAUGCUGUCUCAUAUCUACGGAGGCUGAACGCAGCGUACCUUGACUCUCCCAGCAAGAGAGUGAUAUUCCCGAGGGUUGAAGUAUACUGCCAGAUAGAGGUCGCCCUUGGCCAUGAGCCCCCACCUCCGAGUCUGCAGAGCCUCCCAGCACCGAGGAGAAGCCCAGAAGACGCCUCACAAACCCAUGCACAGGGGUCUCCCAGAGAGGACAGAAAGGACAGCCAUCCCCCAGCCGCCCCCUCAGUGCAGACACCUGAAUCUGGGUGCAAGGAGUCUGUGGAAUCACCCGGGUCACCACGGGUCUCUAUAGCCAAGCAACCAUCUGUAUCGCCUUUGUCCCCAGCCCAGCCGGUCCCAGUAAUGAGGCCCACUGGCCCCAGUGACAGUUGCCCAAUAAAUGUUCGGACUCCAAACCCGGAGCGAGGAGUGAAGGAUGAUGCCCUGGAUUCUGCCACAAAGCGAGGAGUCAAGGAUGCCCUGGACUCUGCCACCGCUGAGCAGAGCACAAACACCUUGCCACCUGUGUCGCUCCCAGCUGCAGAUUCACACAGCUCAAAGGCUGGAUCCUCUGUGCCUAUUGGGUCACCCGAGUCCCAUAGACUGCUGCUCAGAUCUUCCCAGGGAGCCACACCAGCCAGGGCAGCACCUGGACUUCUGUCCCUAAGUCCUUCAACACCACCUGCCCGGCCACCUGUGGAGGACCUAGGCCCAGAACGAACCACAGCUACAGGGUCUCCCGUCUCAUCACGGCUGACAGGCUCAGCAGCACCGGGUACCGGGAAGGAAGCCCCCCGCAAGCCUCUGCUAGUGGAGAGUCCUGGUGCGGAUUCAAACACGGCGAAAACGAUAUUCAAGAGGAAACAAAAGACAAAUGCCACUAGAGAGUGCUUCCACAGAAACACUCGGUCCAAGAAGCCGGCUAGCAAACUACAGUCUGCGCCGUGUCCACUUAACUUCCCUGUGCUCCCCAAGACAGUCUGGGUCACCUACAGACCCCAUCCCGGCCGGAUCCAAGAAUACAGCUACCCCGAGGGAGUGAGUGGCCAGAACUCCUAAGCUGGAGCAGGAGAGACCCCAGUGACCUGGGUCCAGCCUUGCACCCGAGACCUGCCGGACCGAGGGGUGCCCUCAGCCAUCCAGUGCUGCAGAAAGUCUACCCCCCCCCCAAGUUUGGGUUUACUGGUCUGGAGUUCUUGCUGUCUUCCCACCAUUCUGCUCUGGAUGGACAGGAAGACAUCGGCACAUACCACUCACGGUCCACCCAUCCGGGAGGAGGGGUAUAAUCCUGCUUCUGUCCUGCCCGGGGGCGGGGCAAGCAUGCAUCCUGACUGCACUUCCUGCCUACGUGUGAUCAAGCACAUCCUGUGCCUUUGGAGCAAGCAAGCUUGUUUACAGAAGUGGAAACCAGUGGCUUGUUACCUUACACGAAAAGCACCCUCCAGCAUCCAGGAAGUUAUCUGUCCCUGGGUUAGUGGGGUUUACAGGUUC